AUGGAGAAUAAUAAAUCGGAAUCUAAUAUAUCGGAGAAAUCAACAUUUGGUUCAAGAAAUCCGACUUUUUCAGGAAAUUCUUAUAACUUUUUACGUAAUGCGGGUCUUUUUGAAACUAAUGAUACAUAUGAACAGUCUAGAAGCAAAUUAUUUGAAACGUUGCCGCCUAAAUAUGAACAACAUGCCUUUAAUAGUAAAUAUACAUCAAAUUUGAAUAACAGCCAUAAAUUUUCUUCUAAUGAUGAAUAUACUCCGUAUAAUUUGGAGGAUUCUGAUAAUGAAGAUGUGGAUGCUAUUAAACAGGAAAUGCGAUUUAUUAAGCAGAAUAGUUUAAGUAGUACUCGAAACGCUAUUCGUACUGCUAUUCAUGCUGAAGAAAUUGGGAGACAGACAUUAGAAAGGCUAGGAACACAAAGCGAAAAAAUAGGGAAUACAGAAAAGCAUUUAGAUCUUGCAAAUGUUACUGCUAAAAUGGCGGAAGAAAAGAAUAAGAUGCUUAAUCAACUAAAUAGAAGUGUAUUUAUCCCUCAUUUUUCAAACCCGUGGAAAAAGCAGACACGGCUUAAAGAAAGAGAGCAAUAUAUUCGUGAUCAGUAUGAAUUGGAACAAAUGGAAAGGGAAAGAACAAAAAGAAGUGAUAACGAAAGUAACAGACGUAUUAAAGAAGUUCUUUGUAAACAAAAAGCUAAAUCGUUUGAAAAACAAACAUUAAAUGAUAGUAUGCGUUAUCGGUUUGAACCAGAUGAGGAAGAUAAUGAGCUUGAAAAUGAAAUUGAUCAAAAUUUAACUCAGCUUGGCAACAUUACUGCUCAGCUUAAAGCAAUCGCUACUGCUACUCAAGAGGAAAUUUUAAGCCAAAACAAUAGACUUGAUAGGAUAUCUGACAAGGGACAUAAAUUAAAUGCCGAAAUUCAUGUUAAUGCUGAAAGACUUAGGAGAAUAAAUUAAGGAUUGCUCUGCAUUACUAUAGUCUUAAUACGAUAUCUUUGA